AUACGGUCCAAACAAUCGGCCUCAUUGCCUCUACACUUUUAGCCAUAGUACCUAAUAAUACGGAAUUCAGUGGCACUGCUUUAAUUUUAAGCUGCUAAAGGAUCAAGUUGUCCAUCAAGCUAAAGUACGUUGUGAACAGACAGAAGGGAAUAUAAUUUACGGUGUCCUUUUUCACUGUUCUCAACUGCUCAGAAGAGGCAGAAUGGCCGUAGCUACGGGAAAGAUAGAUGUUCCUGGGAUUCAGGGAGUGAUUCUGGAUAUUGAGGGAACAAUUUGCCCGAUAUCAUUUGUUAAAGAUGUUUUGUUUCCCUACGCUCUAGAAUCUCUUCCCGGAGUUCUUGAGACGUCAUGGGACUCUCCAUCUUUCGCACCCUUCCGUGACGCCUUCCCGGCUGACCAUCGCGGCAGCCCUUCGGCACUCCUAUCGCACGUCCAAGACCUUAUGGCCAGAGACGUCAAGAUCGCAUAUCUAAAAUCUUUGCAAGGCCAUCUCUGGCUCACAGGUUACCAAUCAGGCGCAUUACGCUGUCCUCUGUUUCCUGAUGUUGCACCUGCAAUCCGGCAAUGGCACACUCAGGGGAAGAAAAUCCUGAUCUACAGCUCUGGAUCUGUCGCGGCGCAGAAGUUAUUACUUCAAUACACAACAGAAAUCGAGAAUGGAGGUGAUUUGAGGGAAUUCAUUGAGGGGUGGUACGACACUGUUAACGCUGGAAUGAAGAAUGAGGAGAGCAGCUACCAGAAGAUCCUGGAGGAGGAAAGGAAGAAGGGGGUUGAGAUUAAUGCCGACGCUUGGGUGUUCUUCAGUGAUAAUGUCAAGGAAGUGGAGGCUGCGGACAAGGCGGGGAUAAAGACAUUGCUUACGGUGCGUCCUGGCAAUGCAGAGGUCCCGAGUGCUGAGCUGGAGGAGUAUAGAGUAGCAGAGAGGUUUGAUAAUGUGAACUUCGUAUAAGCUGAUGGACGUACGCACUUAGACCAUGCUC